CCACAGACAACGGGAGAGACUCGCACCCACACAACAGACCAUGACGGACAAAUACGUAUGAGCACAACAUCUGCAGAGGAACAGAUGACAUCAACAGACACUCAGCAGCACACUCCAGCAGCAACAGACGACCAUUCACACGCACAAGCACACACACACACACACCCACCCGCGCACACACCAUCAACUGUCACCCCUGCACCCACCGCAUCUGCUGAGACAGAGCAGCCACCCCACACACCUUCACGUGAAAAGCAACAGAGUCAAUCAAUUGCAACUGACCAUGCACAGUACCCUCCAUGGCUACUGAUGACACAGCAGACGGCCGCAGAUGUUCUGGUCAAGGCAAUCUGCAACAUCAUCCACCAGGCAAGGUAG